UACACACCGUCACCAAAGAUUGUAAAGCGCCGUGCAACACAAUCUUAGACUAAAUAGCGCCGCUGCUUUGACUAGACUGUCACCAGUCACUGGAUCACUGUAUCAGGCCUAUAGGUACUAGUGAUCACUUGACUGUGAUUUUUUGUCUUAAUUACAAGGUUGAAGAUGGCUUCUUCUGUACAUACAAUUACAGACGAAACUGGUACAUACAUACCAGCUUCACAGAGGCCUGACGGGACAUGGCGUAAGGCGAGGCGUGUCAAAGAGGGCUAUGUCCCCCAGGAAGAAGUACCAGUGUUUGAGAGCAGAGGGAGAAAAUGGUUGAACAGCCGGCCAACGAUGCCCCCCGGGAUGCACCAUGACCCCGAUCCACCGCCAGAAGCUAAACCAGAACCGGAGACCAGGAGCAUGUCCAAGUCGGCCAAAAAGAAGGAGAAACGGAAGCAGAAGAAGCAAGAGCGGGCUGCUGACGACAGCGGACGCUCCGUCCAUGAACCACCGGACGACAUCAGCCAAAAACUGGCAGACGUGAGCCUCUCACCAGCGCUCACUGCGGGUGACACGGACGCGGCCACACAAAGGACUGGGAGGGCGCCCUCGGCUCCUCCAGACAAGCGGGCCAAGACGUUACGCAAGAAGCUGCGUCAGAUGGAGGAGCUGCAGGCCAAGAUUGACUCGGGCGAGUUGGCAUCGCCCAGCAAGGACCAGCUGGAGAAACUGGCCAGACGGGCGGAAGUAGAGGAAGAACUCGAGAAACUCAUCGCCGAGUUUGGGGUCUAGACACUGGUCAUAUCCUUGCUCGAUCAUUUCACAACACUUUUCUUAUUGGGACAAAAUGAAAGCAAAUAGACGGAACAUACUGCAAAUUCUGCACACGUGAACAUGCCAACUCCUUGUCAAAUCAAACACCAGAUGCAACGGUGGGCUUGAGUGCACCUGUGCUCCGUGGACUUGUAUAGAAAUGGGAUAGUGAGUUUAGUGAUCGCAAGUGAUUUGGGUGCAUUUGCGGAGCAAACUCUUAAAACUAAUGUGUAAUCUGCGCCUCCAAAAUACAUGUACCGACAGGAAAGACAAUAUUUGUACAGUGUUUAUCCUUACAUUAGAACUUUGUGGUUAUCAACGAAAUCUCUCCGUCAGUUUCAUCUCUUACUGGCAUUAUUCAAAGAAUCCAUUGUCUGUUGUCGGAAAGUACAUGUAGAAUGAGUGGUCACUCAUGUUAUUGUUGUCGCUUUGUAGCCCUGAGGCCCCACAAUCUCCGCAUUCCAUCUUUUAUCAAUUGACAGAUGUUCAUCAAAAAUGAUAAUAUUUGGGACGUGGUCAGCAGGUCCCGAGGGUGGCUUUCCCAGUGCACCCUCCCCCAGUUUUGUGUUGACGUAUGUGUACGUAUGUUCCAGUUAGAGGAACCCACUCGUUGAAAAUGCCAGAUGACCCCCUCCCUUUUUUUAAAAAAAAGUCUGGAUGGGGGAUACCAACUUUGCCAUCUGUCAUGAACUGUAGAUGUUGAGCAUGAUGGCUUGACGUGUGCGAUUAUUCAAUCUUCAUGUAAUCUGUCGAUCUUACUACAAUAUUUGCGUAAUCAUUCCGCCUUCUGCCAAUUGCCUUUUCUCUCUGUUAAAGUUGUGCAAGAUUGUUUUGAAAAAAAGUGAAGUCAGAGAUUUCACACAGGAUCAACUGACGGCGCAGUG